AUGUCUACAAGUAAAAAGGUAUAUGAAUUAGUAGCAGUUGCUAAUUCAUUUUCCAAAGUCUUGGGUGGAUCUAUAAGACUAGUUGAAAAAGAUCUAUGUGAAUUCUAUGAACGAAGUAUAUUCACCAAACCAAUCCGUGAUUUAGAUUCACACAAGCCCAUGUGGGAUGAGCUUCAAUCCACAGCAGAAAAUGCAAGAAAUGGAAGAGUUCCUCCAGUUGUCCCACCAUUCCCAUCUAAUUUAAAUUCGAAAGAGAAUCCAUUCCAAGAAGGAAUCCAGAAACGUGCAUACUCCACAAAAUCUUUUCCAACUACUCAAACCAAAGAAUCCGAUGAACUAGAAGAACAAAAAGAGAUCAUUGGACUUAAACCAAAACCGGAAUUUGAAAUGCAUCAAAGUGAAGUUCCAAGUUCCCGAUUAUCCCGUAUUUUCCAUUAUGGAUCAUUAGCAGCUGGAAUUGGAUUGGGUGCUGCACAACAAGGAUUGAAACAUUAUGCUUCCGGGAAGAAAUCACAAGAUCUUAGUAUGAAAUCUCUUAUAUUAUCACCUCAGAAUAUAGAAAGAAUGGCCAAAAAGUUCUCAAAGAUGAGAGGUGCUGCCUUGAAAGUCGGACAAAUGCUUUCAUUUCAAGAUUCCGCUGUUUUACCAAAAGAGAUUCAACAAAUUUUAAUGAGAGUACAGAAUUCAGCCCAUUAUAUGCCAAUGAGUCAACUUGAACGUGUAAUGGUUGCGGAUUUAGGUGUGAAUUGGCGUAAGCGUUUCUUCGCCUCUUUUGAAGAUGUUCCAAUGGCUGCGGCUUCUAUUGGUCAAGUACAUACUGCUGUUACUGAAGAUUUGACUCCUGUGGUUGUUAAAGUUCAAUAUCCUGGAGUGGUUGAUUCGAUUGAUUCUGAUUUAAAUAAUUUGAUGAUGCUUUUAACUGCUUCUUCGCUUUUACCAGCCGGAUUGUUUUUAGAUAAAACUAUUGCUAAUGCUAGAACUGAAUUGAAAUGGGAAUGUGAUUAUAUCAGAGAAGCUCAUUAUUUAAUUAGAUUUAGAGAAGUUUUGAAAGAUGAUGAUGUAUUUGAAGUUCCUAGAGUGUUCCACAACUUAUGUGGGGAACAUGUCCUUACUAUGGAAAGAAUGAGAGGGACCGAAAUUGUUAAAGGAAAUUGGGACCAAGAAACCAAGGACUGGAUAGCUACUCAAAUUAUGAGAUUAUGUUUAUUGGAAAUCAAAAAGUUUAAAUUCAUGCAAACUGAUCCAAAUUGGGCUAAUUUCUUAUAUAAUGAAAAAACCAAAAAGAUUGAAUUAUUAGAUUUUGGUGCUGCUCGUGAUUUCUCUGAUGAGUUUAUUGAUAGAUAUGUUAGAGUGUUGAGAGCAGCGGUGAAGAAAGAUCGUAAGAAGGUUGAAGAGAUUUCUCGUGAUUUAGGUUAUUUGACCGGAUUAGAAUCUCCACAAAUGACUCAAGCACACGUUGAUUCAGUUAUGGUCUUAGGUGAAGCAUUUUCCCCAGUGGAUAAUAAAGGCAAGCCAUUCAGUUUCAAGGAUCAAACCAUUACUGAUAGAGUAAAGGGAAAUAUUGGAUUAAUGUUAAAUGAAAGACUUACACCUCCUCCAGAAGAAACUUAUUCUUUACAUAGAAAAUUGAGUGGAGUGUUUUUACUUUGUGCUAGAUUGAAUGCCACGGUUCCUUGUGAGGAUUUGUUUAGAGAAAUUGUUGGGUAUGAAGAUUAG